AUGCACUACGGCAGUGGGGCCAAGAAAGAGCGCCAGAAGAUCGCCAGGGAAAAGGUCACCCGCAUCGAGCUAGAGAACAUCCCCAUCAAAGUCCAGCUCGUGACCCAACAGAAAGCCCUCGGCACCAUCAUCACGGCGGGAGGGGUCAUGGGCCCCGAGAUCUGCCUCAGGGUCAACAGAACACACGGCGCUGCAAGACCUCUGGAGAAGCAGCUUCUCCGCCGCAAAAAGCUAUCGAUGAAGGCCAAGAUAAAGUAUGUCCACGCCCUCUCGACCUCGUCUCUAAUCUACAACCACCACGUAUGGAACCGCCUGACCAAGAAGGACCGCAACCACAUCGCGACCAGGUACAUGGGACCAUACCGAGUGGCGGCAUCCAUGCCCAAUACGAACACGCCCGACAAGCACGUCACCAACAGCGAGGCGAUUGCGAAGACGGGCAUCCCCGACUUCGACAAACACCAGACGGACCAGCACGACAGCGACAUCAUCAACUGGGCCCGACAAAGACCCAAGCACUGCACUACCGCGGUCAAGUCGGCCACAAAGUUCCACUUGCACUACACGCGAGACAAGGACCAGCUAGUCAGGUUCCAGAAGGUCAUCCGAAUGCCCAUGGCCCCAUCGAGCACCGUCGACAUAGAGCACUCCGACCACGACUCCAAGACCAAGUACGUAUGCUACAUCUGCGGCCGCACGGCAACCAAGCAGGGAAUGGCAGUGCAUAUGGGACGGGACCACCCCGACAGCGGGAAUCCUCGACGAUGGGCCACAGGUGCAGCGUGCAGGUGCUGCCAGCCGGAGCUCCACACCUUCCCGAGGCUCCUGAAGCACCUCGCGGUGGCCCACUGCUGCCGAAAGUCAUGGCACGCAUGGCAUGCCAUGACGAUGGAACCUCUUACUGAGCAACAAAUCGCCGACAGCCACGACGCCAUCGCCACGACCACGGCAGCAAACAAGAAGUGCGGCCGACAAGCGACCUUCAGCGAGAUACCUGCCUACAAGAUCGACAUCAUGCCGCUCCCACUCAUCGAGAC